UAAUUGAUGAAUGUGAAUGGAGAUAGAUAGAUCAUAGAUGCAUGCCUGGAGGAGACGGACGGUUACUACUUUCUUAUUCAAUUCCAGCUGUUUCAUUUUUCAUCUAUUAAUAUAAUAGGAGAGGAGAGGACAGAGAAGAGGGAUCAGUUAUGAAAUUGAGGGAGGACAGAUGGAUAGAUAACAGCAAACGGAUUAUCAUCUUAUCUUAUUACUCUCUCUUUAUUACAUUUUCAUAUAACUCCUAAUAUAGCAAGCAGGGCAUCAUCAUCAUCGUCGUCAUCAAUUAUUAUUGUUUGUAUCUGUAUCUGUCUACUGUCGUCACCUUAUCAUCAAAUUCAGCAGCAGUGCGGGAAGAAGAAGAAGAAUAAUAAUAAUAAUAAUAAUAAUAAAAAGGAGGAGCAGGCAGCUUAGCUUCUGUUUCUUCCUGAUUGGAUUGGAUCGGAUCUCGUAUGAUCGAGGGGUUACCGUCCUUGUACUUGUGUUGUGUGCUUGCCGCCCCCGCCCCCUCCUUAUUUGUUGUUAUUAUCAGUACUGUACACUACCUCCCUCCUAAUAAACGAUACGACACGACAGAUGCCCGCACAGGGAAAGGGAAAAAGAAAGGCGGAGGAGGACGGGGAGGAGGUGACGCCGAUGGAGCAGAACACGAAGAUGACGUCGGCGCCGAGGACAAACAAAGAUGUCAUCAGGAUGGAGCGAGAAUCUGUUAUCCCAAUCCUCAAGCCCAGGCUGAUCGUGCACUUGGCUAACCUCAUUGAGCAUAGUUCUGAUCGUGCUGACUUUUUGAAACUCUGCAAGCGAGUGGAGUACACAAUUCGAGCUUGGUACAUGCUGCACUUUGAGGACCUCAUGCAACUGUACUCGCUUUUUGAUCCUGUCCAUGGUACCCAAAAGUUGGAGCAGCAGAACUUGUCUUCAGAUGAAGUUGAUGUUCUUGAGCAAAACUUCUUGAAAUACUUGUUUCAGGUUAUGGAAAAAAGCAAUUUUAAGAUAGUAACUGAUGAAGAGAUCGAUGUUGCUCAUUCAGGACAGUAUCUCCUCAAUCUCCCCAUUACAGUUGAUAACUCAAAGCUUGAUAAAAAACUUUUGAAGAGUUACUUUGAUUCACAUCCUCAAGAGAACCUCCCGGAUUUUGCUGAUAAGUAUGUAAUCUUUCGGCGCGGAAUUGGCAUUGAUAAGACCACAGAUUAUUUUUUCAUGGAGAAAGUCGAUAUGAUCAUUGCACGUUUCUGGGCAUGGAUUCUGAGAAAGACAAGGUUGCAAAAGGUUUUCUCGAGGAGAUCAGAACGGUCCAAGAAGGAUCCCAAGAAAGAUGACAGAAUUAGCUCUGAAGAACAUGGUGAUGCAUUAUAUGUUGAACGUAUUCGUCUCGAGAACAUGGAGCUCAGUGCCCGUAAUCUGUCAAGUCGGAUUACAAUUCAAGAACCAACUUUUGAUAGGAUCAUUGUUGUCUACAGGCGAGCAAGUCCUCAAAGGAAAGAGGAAAGAGGCAUAUAUGUGAAACAUUUCAGAAACAUUCCUAUGGCUGAUAUGGAAAUUGUACUUCCAGAAAAGAAAAAUCCAAGUUUAACACCAAUGGACUGGGUUAAAUUUCUUAUAUCUGCAAUAGUUGGACUGGUUGCUGUUAUUGGAUCAGUUGAAAUGCCAAAAGCUGAUCUCUGGGUCAUGUUUGCAAUACUGUCAACUGUGAUUGGUUAUUGUGCUAAGAUUUACUUCACGUUUCAACAAAAUAUGGCUACAUACCAGAACCUAAUCACACAAUCAAUGUACGACAAACAAUUGGAUAGUGGAAGGGGAACCCUUCUUCACUUGUGCGAUGAUGUAAUUCAGCAAGAAGUAAAGGAGGUAAUCAUUUCAUUUUUUAUAUUGAUGGAACAAGGGAAAGCUACUUUGGAGGAUCUUGACCAACAAUGUGAAGAACUAAUACUUGAUGAGUUUGGUGAACGCUGCAAUUUCGAUGUUGAUGAUGCAGUACACAAAUUGGAGAAAUUAGGAAUAGUUUGUCGGGAUACAAUUGGAAGGUAUUAUUGUGUUGGCCUAAAGCGUGCUAAUGAGAUCAUUGGCACAACUACUGAAGAACUUGUCCUUAAAGCUAAACAAGGAUCUGCUCCUGCUUGAUUUGUCGUCAACAUUUUGCAACUUUUGUCGUUUGCAGAAGAGGUGGGAUUUGCUUUGUUUAUCAUAGGUAGGCUAGGUUCCUUCUCAUGGUGUUGUGAUGAUGCAUUGUCUUGUGCUUUCUGCUUGUUUAACAAUUUAAAAUCUGCUUUUGUUUGUUCUUUUUGUAUCGAAGGAGUGGUUUAGUUGUAAGUGAAUGGUUGACAUUGUGAUAGAUAUCUCAGUGUGGCUUGGUUGAUAAAUGAGGAUGGGUUGGUUGACUUGGUAGAAAA